GAAUGAGCCACUGUUCGAAAUUGUUUGGCUUCAGCUUCAAAAUUCCUCGUUAAUUUGGAGCCGGCGGACCAGCUGCUUUGGCAACGAACACACACCGCUCACAGAGGACACGGAUUAUCCUACAGACCACCAGACUUCCUAGCACCUAGCACCUAGCACCUCAAUCGUUGCCAUAAGCACACAGCCCGACACUGCCGCUGCCACUGCCACUGCCACUGCCCCAAGGACCUCUUCCAGCAGCAUGACCAGCAGCCAGCCUAUGCAGAGUGGGGCAGCCACGAGUAAUCGCACUCACCGGUAUUACAAUCCCGUCUCGAAGAUCCAGUCGCUCAUCCACAACCUGGACGCUGAGCUUGUGCAGCUGUGCAAGCAGUGUUCGGUGCCAAAGCCGCCGACUAGCAGCAACAUGAAUGCCAGCGCCCGCCACAGCAGCUACGGAUUGGGGUCGGCAGCCAGCACACCGCAAAGGGGUAUGCUGGCCAGCCACUAUGACCAGGAUAGCAUCGACAAACUGCUGGCACGGGCUCGGUCCAUAUCGGUCCAGAGAUCGACCUCUGGGGCCACCACACCCAUGUCUCUGGCACCCGAUGCCCAGAAGCGGCAGCUGAGGAACGUGUACCGGACGCGGGUGAUCGAUGCGUAUCGCAAUAGGAGGAUCUUCACGGUGUACGGCAACUAUCAUACAGUGCGACGGGCCCUGGUGAGGCGUGGCUGGCUGGAGAAGCUGCCGCCCACGCGGUACGCGAAGCUGCAGUCCAUGUCCGAGGAUGCGCUGCUGGAGCAUGCGCGGCGGGGCAACGACUACGAGACGGUGGUCAUAUCGAAGAUGAUCAAUCACUUUCCCUCCUUCUUCAUUUGGCAAGGCAAGGGCCAGCGCGAUCAGUUCUCCGAGGUGCGGCCAUACCGCAAUCGGGUGAGGCGCAGCCACUUCCUGGACUUCUCCACGAAGGUGGGUCUGGUCGGGUGCGCCGAGCAGGAGCGCUGGUUUCGCGAGGACGGCGUCUGCGGCAUGAGCUAUCCGCGCUUCUACCGUCUGGGCGGCAACAACGUGGAGGAGCGCAUGGCCUUCAUCGAGGACUACCAACAGACCCAGGCGCGCUCCCUGCUGCGCUACAUCGUGGAUCACAAGCCCGCAGAGCUGAUAGAUGCGGACAGCGGCAGCAUCAUGAGCACCACCCUGGACUUUGCCCUGUCCAAGGUCAAGCAAAUGGUCAGACAGGCGGAGCACUACUCCCUCGACGAUGCACGGGCCAAGUCACCCACCCCGGCCGAAGUCGUAGAGACCCAAAGCUUCAUGAUGCAUUCCGCGGAUGUCCUGAAGUCGCAGGCCAAGUUCCGGGUAAACGAUAAGGUCAUGACGGAGUAUGCCCGCCUGGCCAGGCAAUACCUCGACCAGAUCGAGGGCCUGCGUCCCGACUACAGCUGGGACGGCAGCCGCAAUCUGUGGAUCCUCAAGCCGGGCUAUCAGUCCCGAGGCAUUGGCAUCGUCAUACGCAACUGUCUGGACGACAUUCUCCAGUGGACAACGAACAAUCAGAACAAAAAGUACAUUGUCCAGAAGUACAUAGAACGUCCAUAUCUGGUGUAUCGCACAAAGUUCGACAUACGACAGUAUAUGCUGCUGACGAUUGGGGAGUCCAAGGUGACCGUCUGGACGUAUCGCGACUGCUAUCUGCGCUUCAGCUCGCAGGAGUACACCCUGGACGAUCUGCGGGAGUCGAUCCAUCUGACCAACAACUCCGUGCAGAAGCGCUACAAGAACAAGCUGAGUCGCGAUCCCCGCCUGCCCAAGCACAACAUGUGGUCGCUGGAACAGUUCAAGGCGCAUCUGCGGCAUGUGGGUGCUCCGGAGGGUACGUGGGCGAACAUCUACAAUGGCUUCAAACAGAAUCUGGUGGCCGUGGUGAUGGCCAGCCUGGACGAGACCGAACUGGUGAAGAACGCCUUCGAGCUGUAUGGCUGCGACUUCAUGCUGGACGAGCAAUUCAACCCCAUCUUGAUUGAGAUCAACUCAACGCCGGAUCUGUCGCCCUCGACGGAGGUUACGUCCAGGAUUUGUCCCGUUGUCAUCAAGGACUGCAUACGCGUGGUGGUGGAUCUGGCCAAGAAUCCCCAGGCCCCCACGGGCCUGUUCGAACGAGCCUUUGAGGUCAACUACACCGUCAACAAUGGUGCCGAUGUCCAGCACCCCCUGGAGCUCAACGGCAAGCAGAUGACCAUCUUCGAGAAUCUCCCACCCAAGGUCAAGCCGAACAAUCGGACCCUUAUGCUCCGCAAGAUACUCAACAAAGUGAGGGAGUCUGCGAGCAGCAAGCUGGACAAGAUCAAGGACAAGAUUGAGUCCCCAGCCAAAGCGUCCAAAGUGGCCAAGGCGGCCAAAGUGCCCAAAGUGGCCAAGGUGGCCAAAGUGGCCAAGGCAAGCGUCUCCUCCAAGAAGAAGAAAGCAGUAAAGAGCGCUACUGCCUCGAAGGCGAGUUCGGGGGCACCCUCGGUGCAGGUCUCUGUGACGCAACAAGUGGGACAUGUGGGACCCAAGCCGAUCCUCACCUCAUCCACACGCGAGAAUCUCGCACUACAGUACACAGCACCAAAGUGAACGCUUUUGGGAGGACUGUACCUGGAUAACUGAUGGCACAACCGCAAAUAUAAGCAAGGGCUGUAUCCCCACCCUAGAGACCUUUAUGUUUUGGAGCUGGAGGGGUCUGUACGGGAAUCCCUGCUCUGCUUAUAAAAUUAACUAGGAAGUAACGGCACUUUGGACAAAAGUGAAAUUCAACUUUCAGCAUUUAAAUAUGGAACACAAGGAAAUCUGCAAAUCAUAUAGUGUUUCUUUUAACGGCACAUCAACAGGAUAUAAAAAGGACUUUUAAUAAAGCUGUCGAUAAAAAAUGUGAAACGUAA